CCGCAUCAUCCUCUCAUACCUCUCAGAGAGGUGCUGCUGAGUGUGUUGCCGCUGUAACCGAGAAACCAGACGCUGCAAGAUGGCGAUUCAGCGGCUCGUAGCGUGUUUUGUUCUGUACACCAGCUUAGAAGCUGUUCAGCAUCCUGCUGGACCUGCAGCAGAUGCUCCUGUACCUCUUCCCAGACGGCAGGAGGGAGAACAGGCCGUGAGAAGGUGGUGUUGAGGGUCCUUGAUGAUGGAGGAAGCCCUGCCAAUGCAGCGCUGCUGGUAGAGCUCCAUCAGGGAAUGAAGAUAUUCAUGUAUUGUGCAUGCAGCAUAAUCACAGAUCCAUGCAUGUGUCACAUCCCAUCAUCACUCGGGGUAAUCCUCCGAACCACGGACAAGAUUGUGUGGGCAAAUGAGUUUGAGCCCAUCGAACUGACCUGUUUAAUAGAGUCCAUCUCGACAAACAACCCGAGGAUUGAAUGGAAAAAGAUUAAGAACGGUAUUCCCAGCUAUGUGUACUUUCAAAACAGGAUAUCAGGGGACUUGGAGCACAGAGCUCAGCUCAGAGAGCCGGCCAACAUCCUGAUCUUCAACACCACUCGCUCAGACACUGCAGAGUACCGCUGCGAGGUGGCCGCCAUCGACGAUCAAAGGGACUUUGAUGAGAUACUGAUUAGUCUUGCAGUAAGAGUCAAACCUGUCGUACCACGGUGCAGCGUGCCAGAGGCGGUCACAGUUGGAACAUCGACCGAGCUGCGAUGUCUGGAGAACGAGGGCUUCCCUGCUUCUCAGUACCGCUGGUUCCACAACAGCGAGGAGCUUCCUCAGGACCCCAAAAACAGCCCCAAGUUGGUCAACUCCUCCUACAGCAUCAACCCCGACACUGGAGGCCUGAAAUUCCGAAGAGUGAGGAAGGAGGACGCCGGGGACUACUACUGCCAGGCGAAGAAUGACGCCGGACACGCACAGUGUCCUUCACAAACGAUGGAAGUCUAUGACGUCGACAUCCUCGGGAUUUUCCUCAAGUCGUUUGGUGGGGUGACUGUUUUCUUCUGUUUGGCUGCUUCCAUUUGUCACUCCCUUAAACGUGGAUGCUUCCACAAAAAAGGUCACAAUGAAAACAACUACAAUUGGCCAGCACAGAAUGAAGGUGUUGAAUAUGGCGAUGCAGAUGAGGGCCAUUUUCGCCACAAGUCCUCAUUCAUCAUUUGACAGCUGAGACGAAGGACAAGAUGGAACCGAGACAAAAAGCAAAAACUGUUGAGGUUGACUUGCUACAAUUAUGCUCCAGAUGGUAAAGUUUGAGGUGUAACAACAUGGCACAUUAUUCUCUGAUGCACAUCGAAAUCAAAAUCAACCAACUUGCCAAAGUAAUUUUAAUAUCAUUUUUGUGGCACUGUUUCAUGUUUUUUAUAACCUGAUAACAUUUAUUUUUUUCUCUGUUAGUAUUAAAUUCCAUAUAAAACAUUUUUUACUUAUUUUGUUUAUUUUCAACUAUUAUUUUAUUAUACAAUAAAACCAUUACAAAGCUGUAGAAUUUGAUAUUUGGCCCACAGUGUCAUCGCAAAAGAUGCUGGAAGCUACAUUCCUUCACCGUUUUUUGGACAAAUCCUCUUUUAUAACUCUUUUUACCGAAUACACUGAAAUUGUUUUACAAAACUCCUUUACAUUAUGUUCAUAAGAUAAACAUGUUCUUGUUUUGUUCCACGUGGGGAAGAGUUGAAACUUGUUUUUGUAUAUACUGUAGUUAUACAGGCAAUAAGCAGCAGACAGUAAAAGGCUGAUGAGCUCAGAUUCAUAAGGCACAAUUUAUCAGCCUUUCUUAUAUUCACAGAUGAUAACCAGUAUGUACGAGUACAGAGUAACCCUUGAGUUUGAGUACCAUAUAUCCCACUAUGCUGCAAAGUCAAUAUGUACUAUAAAAGGUGGUGAAGUAUGAUUUUUAGAGUGCUGUUUUCUGUGUAUAAGUGACCUUCUGUGCUUUACUAAUUAUUUUUUGAGUAUUGGACAUAUUGUCCAGUUUGGACUCAGUAUUUAAUGUACAUAAAUACAUACAUUUUUUUGAUCUUUUGAUUUUCAUACAUUGCACUCCUUACCUUAUUGUAAAUACUGCAAUAAAACUGUUUGUUGGAAAUAAAUUUACAGUAUUUACCGUUCAGUGUGUAUCUGCAGUGUUGAGCCUGUCAUUUCAAACAUUAGUGUCAAUGAUUUGUGUAACAACUCAGGAACUGUUGUAAAAUGUCCACUGUUCAUUUGAUAUUAAUGCUCUAUGUUCAUGUUAUUUUGUUACUAUUAAAUACGUUUGAACUGUAAA